UACAGUAACAUUCUACAGUUUAAAUGAUUUAAUUUGCGAAAAUAAAAUAAAAAAUAGAACGCGAGUUUAUCAAAUAUGGAUACAUACCUUCUUAACACAUGCCACUUGAGAUAUCUUUUUUAUUUAUUUAGAAGCCACUUUGAGAAUAUAGUUAGUUAUGCUUAAAUGAGUAGUAAGUAGCAAAUCUCACGCAAAUCCCCGUUAUAUAUGAGUAUAAUUGCCGGACAAACCAACCCAAUUCAUUUACAUUGAUUUCAUUUAUUUAUACAGUAAAUAGUAGCUACUGAUUGUAGUAAUGUAAUUAAUACUCCUACACCAAAUCCAAAGGAGAUUGUAGUUAUGUGUAUAAUAUAAACCAAAUCCAAAUGCUGUCUCAUUUAUACAACGUGACGGCCUUCAAUUAACCCUCUCUCUCUCAAUAAGAAUUCCAUUGCUCAUAAUUCGGAAUCAACCCCACCUCCAAAAUUCCAUUCUCCCAUAACCAUAAUCCCUCGCUCUCAACCACAAUUUAUGCUCUCAAAUCCAACUGCCGUCCUACCUUAAUCAUGGCUUUCGAUUGCAACACCAAUCACCGAAAACCGCUUCUCUUCUCCGAUUUAUUCAAAAACCAUUACCCAAACGAGAAACACCACAUGAUAACCCCCUCCGCCUCCAGCCCUAGCUCCAAUUCCACUCAAUUCCUGUCUUCCUGGGACUCCUCCUCCUCCGGCUUCAGCACGCCGCUCCGCUCCGACUUCGCCUCAUCCGACGGCGACGACUCCGAUUUCAUCGCCGAAUUGACUCGCCAGAUGGCGGAGCGUAUGCUCGACGACGAAGAAGAUCCCGCCGAAUCCGUUGUUCAGACGAAGGCGAAUGACUACAAAAACUGCGGCGCCGAAACCGAGUUGAACGAACCGACUCAGCCUAAUAUUCAGGUGUAUGAGUUGAAGAAUCAGGCGCCGGUGAGGAAGGAGCGUCGUCGGGGAAGACGAGUGAGGCGGAGCGAGUCGGCUCAGCCGAAACAAUUGCAGAAAACAGAGCAGCAAUACAGAGGAAGCUUAGAAUGGGGCGGAGUUGGGAUAAAUGGAUAUUCCGGGUCGGGUAUGCAGGCGGUUUUUCUUGGCGGAUCCGGGCCGCGACUCGGGUAUACUGGGACCGGAGUUUUCCUCCCCCGUGAUCUGACUGAAUUAAAAAACAAACCAGGUUGCUCUAUGGUGUUGAUGCCAACACGGGUGCUUCAAGUGCUGGAAAAACACUUUAGCAGCAGAAUUCAACAAGAUUCCAAUGGCCCACCCUUGGGUGGUGGGCCCCUCACAGAUGAAUCUACGGAGUCAAAUGGGCUUGAGUUGGGAUCAUCUCCGGAGCUGGAGAUCCGACCUCCGGAUAUCAGCGAGGUGCAACUGCCGCAAGAAUGGACGUACUAGCUAUCAAACCUCGUCCCACGCCCGGUUAAUAAUGCAGGGUUCGUCCAAACUGACCACUCUGCUAAGAGCCAACAUGAAGAAAAAUAAAUAGAAAUUCAUAUGAACAGGUUGGGAAAAUCAUAUAAAUGAGGUUCAGAAUAAUAAUAUGGCACUCAUUUUCUGUCUGUAAAUUUAGUAUGAAAAUGAGGGCCAGCCUUCCUAUUGGAUAUGAAUUAAACAGUUGCAAGUUGCAUAUUGAUUGUAAAUAUGUAGGGUAUGUGUCGCUUAUUCAUGUUACAAAGUUAGCUGUAUAUGUAUAUAACCUUGCUUUGAAUUUGUGGAUAUAAAAUUAUCAGUUGGUAUUGUUGUGA